ACCGGGUACUACCAAAAAUCCCAAACAAAAUUGUAGAUGAUGCUCACCUGGGGUUAAUGUAGGUAGAAACCUCGUAUUGAGGAGGGAACUUUACCCCCGCAUACGUCAUUACUAUUGAUCUGCAUCAACUUAGCUAGGUAUGUAGUUAGCAGUAAACAUAUCGUAGGUGAACUACUUCUAAAUUGAAUCAAUUGAGAUUAUUUGGGAGCUGAUUUUGAAGACACGAAAAGAAAGGAAAGAAAAGAAAAGAAAAGAAACACGGAAAAAGAAAGCAAGAAAGCAAGCAGGCAGACAGGUAAAAAUGACAGAAGCGACGAAUACAAAAAUGAUGGAUACGGAUAGGGGAGGAGAAAAUACACCGUGAGUUACCUUUUCUUAGAUAAAUAUAUCUGAAUUAAUUGGUAAAAACCCCGAGGAUACGGAAGAACUGAUGAAAAUGGUCCUAGAUACGAAUCCCAGAAUAUAUUCACCCAAUCUCAUGCUAAAGACCAGGGAACUUUCGGAGGUAAGUUAAUCUUAUAUCAAUUCUUCUUUCUAUAGAUUUUAUUUCAAAUAAAACCUUUUUCUUCUUCUUGCAUCUCCCCCUCCUCAUUCUCAACCCUGCACUCCAUACCAUAUAUAAAUAUAUUUCUACUGUAUUCAAAUUAUUUCUAAUAAGAAGAUAUAGACGCAACAGGUCCCACGGAAGCAGAGCUUCAGAAAAAAGCAGAACAUAAUGCGCGUGGUGAGCGGACGGCGGAGAAUAUUAGAUUUGGUGAGGCGGUUAGUGAGCAUGGGUUUGGGGGGGAGACGGUAGGGAAUUCGAGGGGUGUAGGGGGUGCAGAGAAGAAGGAGGAGGAGACGGAUGAUAUGAGGAGAAAGAUGGGAUAUGGAGAGGGUAGUGGAAUUGGUGCUUGAGAUGGGGGAUGCUUGUAUACUAUGUAGGAUUUCUAUUUCAGGGUUUAGGGUUUUGGUUUCAACGGAUGAGAAUAAUAAUCUUGAUUUAUU